GAAACAUGGUGGGACUGAAACCCUCAGAUGUUCCCCCUCCUCUGGGGGUGAAGAUGGCGAGUGCCGGGGCAGCAGCCUGCAUAGCUGAUAUUGUCACAUUUCCUCUGGACACAGCCAAAGUCAGACUACAGAUUCAAGGAGAGAAGAAGGCAGUGGAAGGAAUCCGCUACAAAGGGGUGUUUGGGACAAUCAGCACCAUGAUCCGGACAGAGGGGCCCAAGUCUCUGUACAACGGGCUGGUAGCUGGGCUGCAGAGACAAGUGUGCUUUGCCUCUGUCAGAAUUGGCCUCUACGACAACGUCAAAGAUUUCUACACUGGUGGCAAAGACAACCCUGGUGUAGUGGUACGUAUCCUUGCUGGCUGCACUACAGGCGCCAUGGCAGUGUCCUUUGCACAACCCACUGAUGUGGUCAAGGUUCGAUUCCAAGCCCAGAUGAACCUCAAUGGUGUGGCCCGUCGCUACAGUGGCACGAUGCAGGCCUAUAAACACAUAUUUCAGAAUGAGGGCCUUCGUGGACUCUGGAAAGGCACACUGCCCAACAUCACAAGAAACGCGCUUGUCAACUGUACAGAGCUGGUUACAUACGACUUGAUCAAGGAGGCAAUCCUUAGACACAAACUGAUGUCAGACAAUUUGCCUUGCCACUUUGUCUCUGCGUUUGGGGCCGGUUUUGUUACUACAGUGAUUGCUUCCCCAGUAGAUGUGGUGAAAACCAGAUACAUGAACUCACCACCAGGCCAGUACAAGAGCGCUAUCAACUGCUCGUGGACCAUGUUGACUAAAGAGGGGCCUACGGCUUUCUACAAAGGAUUCGUGCCCUCGUUUCUGAGGUUGGGAUCGUGGAAUGUUGUGAUGUUUGUCUCAUUCGAACAAAUCAAGAGAGCCAUGAUGGUCACAAAGAAGAGGAUUGAGGACAGAAAUUGAGAUUCCUGUUUCCAGGUUUGACUGGAAAAACCUGAAGCACCGCUGGGUUGGCGCAUCGCAGAAGAAACCUAAUGAAUAUCAAUUCACAUUUUAGUUUUAUUCUUUUUGUCUUGUGUUGACAAAGAAGAAAAUCCUUUGUUGAAAAAGGAUUAUUGGACAAUCUACCUUGAAUUUUGACUUGAUGUUGAACAGAUGUGUGAAAGCAAUGCAGCUGUAUCUUUAUAUUUAUAAUUUUGAACCCAUUCAAAUUUUUAUGGGAGUGAAUGGUGCGAACACUAGGCAGUGAAAACCGCCGUUGGGAGGGUUCAGACCAGUAAAUCGAAAUCUGCCAAUUAUACAUUUCAGGCAGCUUAAACCAGUACACGUUUUAUGAGAAAUAACACUGAUACCCAUAAUCAUAUGUCAAACAUGUUUAUGUAAACUAAAUAUAUUUGACUUGUUUUACA